UUUACAUUUGUUUACAACUUUUUAUUUGUAUUUUCUUUUAUCCUUACUUCAUAACCCAACGGCUCUUUUAAGAGCCAUUUCCCCUUGCAAAUAUGCAUAAAACCGUGCUAUGCAAGGACGAAUGCGAGCAGUAUUUAAAAAACUGCAGUGACAAGUGCCCAUUCUGCUCAUACACUAGUAUGCCACAAAUAAUGCUUUAUCACAUAAAAAAUCACUUACAGAGGGCAGUACAACAUCAUGAUUUUACCAUUGUAAAAUGUGGUUUAAAAUGUAGAAAAAAAUCCCACUUUCACUGCUGCUAUUGUUCAGUGAUUGUGUUAACUCGGGAAAAUAUACUAAACCACAUUGCCAGACAGCAUGCCUUUUCAACCCAUCCUCAGACAUCAGCUGUGCUGCAGACCAAGCCUGGGUCAUCAUCUGUCCAGGAUUCACAACCUCAGUCAUCGUCUACCCAGCAGACACAGCCACAGGUGACCUCUGCCAUGCAGGCACAGCCUCAGUCAUCUGCCCAGCAGACACAGCCCCAGAUGACAUCCGUCAGGCAGGCACAGCCUCAGUCAUCUGCCCAGCAGACACAGCCCCAGAUGACAUCCGUCAGGCAGGCACAGCCUCAGUCAUCUGCCCAGCAGACACAGCCCCAGAUGACAUCCGUCAGGCAGGCACAGUGUCAGUCAUCUGCCCAGCAGACACAGCCCCAGAUGACAUCCGUCAGGCAGGCACAGUGUCAGUCAUCUGCCCAGCAGACACAGCCCCAGAUGACAUCCGUCAGGCAGGCACAGCCUCAGUCAUCUGCCCAGCAGACACAGCCCCAGAUGACAUCCGUCAGGCAGGCACAGCCUCCGUCAUCUGCCCAGCAGACACAGCCCCAGAUGACAUCCGUCAGGCAGGCACAGCCUCAGUCAUCUGCCCAGCAGACACAGCCCCAGAUGACAUCCGUCAGGCAGGCACAGCCUCAGUCAUCUGCCCAGCAGACACAGCCCCAGAUGACAUCCGUCAGGCAGGCACAGCCUCCGUCAUCUGCCCAGCAGACACAGCCCCAGAUGACAUCCGUCAGGCAGGCACAGCCUCAGUCAUCUGCCCAGCAGACACAGCCCCAGAUGACAUCCGUCAGGCAGGCACAGCCUCCGUCAUCUGCCCAGCAGACACAGCCCCAGGUGACAUCCGUCAGGCAGGCACAGUGUCAGUCAUCUGCCCAGCAGACACAGCCCCAGAUGACAUCUGUCAAGCAGAAACAGGCUCAGUCACCUUCUGUCCACCCUUUGCAGUCACUCCCAAAAUUGUCAGCAAAGAAGACUGCCACUUGCAGCCAAUGUAAUGUAACACUUCUGGCCAAAAAUCUACGAACUCACAUUCAAAGACAACAUACUGACAGAGUAAAUGCAAUGACUCCUGAGAAGCACUUGAGAUCUCAGUGCAUCGAUGGAAAAAUUGGCAUUUUUGCUGUUGAAAAGGCAUUUCAUGGUCAAGCAAUACCCAUACAUGUAAUAAAAAAUACAUGGGGCCCAAACUUUCGUUCAGCAUGUGAACUUGACCAGUGCAUUUCAAAUGCUGAAUACGCACACAUAACUGGGAUCUUACCAUUUGAGUGCUGCCAUGUACAGUCAUUGUGUUUUUGUAAACAAAUUGAAGAAUCCAAUUUUGCACUGACAGAAAACAGUCUCUCUCAGCUGGUGCAGGAAAAGUGGUUUGGUGAAGCAAGGAAAAUCCAACUGUUAAAGUUGCAGCGGGAAGCAAAUGUUGCGGAGACACCUUUGUCUUUCCAUGUCACAGUUGGAAGUUCAUCAACAAAAUGUUUCAUUUCUGUGUUUGAACCAACAGUGUCCUAUUACAGUAGAAUGGGAAGGGUCAUGGUGACUUAUGAUAAAAAGAAAAAUAACUGGCAUUGUCCUUGUGCCAAGCCUCGUCAAUCCUGUAUUCACAAAGCCACAGCAAAGUGGCAUCUUUUCCAGACAAUACCACAGCUCUUCAAAAGACUUAAGUGCUCAGAAGUUUCCAACACUGUUCAUGAAGAUGAUGAUGCCUGCUGUCAUGAUUCAUAUCCCCCUAACUCUGCUACAGUCAAAAAAAUGAUGGAAGACAUGCUUGAACAUAAGAAAAUUCCAGUGAAACUCCAACAAGACAUCCUGCAAAAAUCAAAGCAUGCUUUUCCAAAACAUCUUGUGCCUGAGGAGGUUGAAUGCAGACUAUGCAAGGGAGUUUUGAGUGACCCUGUUUUGAUAACUUGUCGGGCAAAGAUAGUCUCAUUCAAUGGACUGAUUCAGGGUGUGUCAACCUACUACAAGUUGUGCCAUAAAUGCAAUCACAUAUACAGAUACCAAGAAUGGCAAGAUGGUUUGCACAACUUCAAUGAUCAUGUAAUCCUCACCCUACACUUAUGUUUGGUUUUGAGAAAUUCUCUACAGAAUCACACAGCUGUUGGUAGGGUUGUGCGAAUAAUUGAAGCCACAGAGGGAGAGUCCUUGCCUAAAGGUGACCUAAUCAUGCAGGCGUAUCUGCACUUUGAAGCUUUGUGUGAUUUGGACUACAUGUACUCCUGUGUGUCCUGUGGAUACAGUCCAAGUACUGUGAUUAUGGACCUUCAUAAAAAAGGAGUGUUUAGCAUCCCAGUGAGUGAAAUUCCAUCUCCACCUCUGGAUUAUGAUGGUCAUGUUGACAUAGAGCAAUUUUGGAAUGCAGUGGCAAUGGAUGUGAUAAGCAGAGGGUUUUAUCCAAGUAAGUUUUGAUUUGUUUUGGUAUGC